GUUACUCACUCAAUCUCAAAUGGAUAUCUUCACCCUAUACUCAGAACCCCAUCCAUUUGGGUCACCGGCUGAGAACUCGGAGACUGCUUCUUCCUUGUCCGACGCCGGCCACCACUCGGAAGAAGAAGUUAUACUGGCUUCCAGCAAGCCCAAGAGGCGCGCGGGGAGGAAGAAAUUCAAGGAGACAAGGCACCCCGUGUAUCGCGGGGUUAGGAGGAGGAACAACAACAAGUGGGUUUCCGAAAUGCGGAAGCCCAAAGAGAAGACAAGGAUAUGGCUUGGGACCUACCCAAGUGCUGAGAUGGCAGCACGGGCGCAUGACGUGGCGGCUUUGGCGCUUAGAGGAACCUCUGCUUGUCUCAACUUCGCCGACUCGGCUUGGAGUUUACGUAUGCCGGCUUCAACGGAUGCCGGAGAGAUAAGGAGGGCUGCUGCAGUGGCGGCGGAGGGAUUCCGGCCGAGUGAUGAUCAGUUUGUUGAGGAGGAUUGCGGAGAGAGCGUGAAGGGUAGUUGUGAAGAGGUAGUUUUGGAUCAUCAUCAUCAAGAAAGUGUGAUGUAUUUGGAUGAGGAAGCUCUGUAUGACAUGCCUGGAUUGCUGGUGAAAAUGGCUCAAGGGCUUCUACUAUCUCCUCCUCCCUUUGUCGAUCAGGAUGAAAUGGAAAGCAAUGCUGAUGAAGUUUCUUUAUGGAGUUUCUCAAUCUAAUAAUAGAGUUAGGAAAAGUUUGCAGAGUGCAUACAAAAGUGUGUCUCUUUCUGUUCAUUUUUUUCCUGUGGUUUUCACAGGCAUAAAGCUUACGUUAUAAAAUAUGUAAAAAAUCAAAUUGGGUUGGUAGGACCCUUGGGAUAGCUAGGUUUGAU